AUCCUCGGCGUUGCUUCGCUUCCUUCUCUCUUCGGCGGGGGAGAGGGCGGGGAGGAAGCUGCCGCGGGCCGUAAGUUGUGCAGGCCCGCCUGAUCCAGGCACGCUUUCUGCGCGGCUGCCCUCUGCUCGCUGGGCAGGCUCCCUCUUGCCGCCAGCGCUCCAUGUGGGGAUCGGGGUAGUGCUGUAAAAUGGCCAAGAGAGUAGCAGAGAAGGAGCUGACUGACAGGAACUGGGAUCAAGAAGAGGAAACAGAGGAGGUGGGAACUUUCUCAGUGGCCAGUGAAGAAGUUUUGAAGAACAGGGCAAUUAAGAAGGCAAAACGCAGAAAUGUAGGAUUUGAGUCUGAGAGUGGAGGAGCUUUUAAAGGAUUUAAAGGUUUCAUUUUACCUUCCGGAGGUGGUGGAUUUUCUGGCUUUGGCAAUGGCAAUGGAACUAAGCCUUUAGGAGGAUUAUCCAAUGGCAGCAGUAGCGUUACAAAUACUUCUUCAUUUACCAGCUUAAAGACAGCUGCUGAAACGGAGACUACAUUUCGUUCUGUGGCAUCCAGUAGUUCAGUGAAUAAUACUAUGGUUGAGAAAAAGCCUAUAAGUGUGGAAGCUAAUGGUGAGAGUCAGCCGCCAUUGUCCUCCAGAUUUACUCAAAGCAAAGCAUGCAGCUCAGAUGAUUAUCACAAACAAUUAGCUGCUCUGAACUGUUCUGUGCGUGACUGGAUAGUAAAACAUGUAAACGCCAAUCCUCUCUGUGACCUGACACCAAUCUUCCGAGACUAUGAGAAAUAUUUAGCUGAGAUAGAACAACACGGAAUCAGUAGUGACAGCAGGUCUGAAAGUGACAGUAACAAGGCAGCUGGAACGCAAGCUAGCUCUGUGUUUGGGAGUCAGAAUCUUCAGCAAGGUUCCACAUUCUUCUUUAACAGCAGCAAAUCUGAAGAUACUUCAGGAAAGAAGACAGAGUUGGAAAAGAAACCAGAAUCAAAGUUAGGAUCUCCGUCAACUAUCCCGUUUACUUUUAGUAAAAGUGUCGACAGCUCUGGUCUGAAUACUAGUGCAUUACCUAAUUUCUCAUUCUCUUCUGGAAGUACAAGUUUAUUUGGAAAAGAUGCAAGCCAGGGCAAGGUUGUUCCUUCAUUUUCCAGCAGCGCAGCAGACAUUCGGAUAGAAAGUGGUGUCAACGAAGACAAAGGGGGUGGUGAGGAGGAGGAGGAGCCACCAAAAGUAGUUGUUAAUGAAAUAAAGGAAGAUGAUGCCUUCUACUCAAAGAAAUGCAAAGUCUUCUACAAGAAAGGUAAUGAAUUUAAAGAAAAAGGAGUAGGAACCCUACACUUAAAACCUGCAGGAAAUCAGAAGAUUCAGCUAUUAAUACGGGCAGAUACUAAUUUAGGCAACAUAUUGCUGAAUAUUUUGGUGCCACCUAAGAUGCCAUGCUCAAGAACAGGAAAGAACAACGUUCUUAUUGUUUGUGUUCCAAAUCCACCUGUUGAUGAGAAGAAUUCCACAGUCCCAGUUCCUAUAUUGAUAAGAGUGAAAACGAGUGAGGAUGCAGAUGAGCUGCACAAAAUUUUACUGGAGAAGAAGGAUGCUUAAAAUCUGACCUGGUAUUAGGAAAUCCUGCCAAACUGCUGCUGCUCUCUUCUCCUCCCCCACUCCCUGGACCCUUUAAUCGUAUUAAUAACUUUUAACUCACUUCUGUGACAUUCUAAGGACUGUUUUAGGAAUUCUGAAGGGUUUUAGUGAAGGAAAGAAAACCUAAGAUGACAAAAUAAAAGCUUUAGUUUAACAUAAGUUGUCACUCUUUCCUUCCUUCCUAUCUGAAAUAUCUAAUGCAUGAGCCUUAUUUGAAUAAAACUUGCACAUCAAAAAAUUCUGCAUUUGAUUAUUAUAAAGAGAGAAUAAACUGAUUACUGAAUGUGUUGAAAUGGUGUAAAAGUCACCAAAAUCACUUAGGAAGAAUAUUGUGUGUGCGAAGAGAGGAAUGGGUGUAAAUUCCUGGCACUUGGUUCCAAGUUUGGCCUGAGAUCGCUCUCUUCAUGACAAGAACAUUGUUUAAUUCUGUUAAAGGAACUGAUGUUUCAAGCUGAACAGUGUAAGUGUAACAUAGCUGCUGGAAAAAAACAGGUUGCAUUUGGAAUUGAGGUUGUAGCUUAGCAGAAAAAUUGUUUGUAUAUUGUUUGCAGAGUUCUUCUGAAAUGAACUGUCAUUUCGUGGUGCUUAGUGUAACUGCUUUUUGCCAGUUACACAGCUGUGUCUCCUCCUGCAUCUUUGUUUAAGUGUUCUUGGAAAGAAGCUCAGAGGCCAAAAUUAGAGAGUUGGUUAUUUCUGCUUACUUCCUAGAGAAAUAAUUGAUGAAGGUAGUGGGACUAUAAUAUUCUUUCCUGUGCACGUGAUUUUGCCUGCCUUCUGGAUUUUGUCACAUCUUGAGCAUCUUGUGUUGUAUACUUAUAGGGGCUGUUAUCCACUGUGCUCUCCUGCCAAAGUCAAGCAUUCAGGCUUGAAAAUCCUGAACCAUCCCCACUAAAGUUAGGGGGCUUGUGCCAGAGAGCUGUGAAUUAUGCAGUUACAAGAUCAGCAGUGAGACUGUGCAGGCCAUGCUAUUGAAAUAGGGGUUUUCAUAAUGUAAUAUUAAGUAGUAAAACCCCACACAGUUCAAAGGGUAUUUGAUUGCUACAGGUUCUGAAACUGAAUAUGUAAUGUAUAUUAGUGCUUUAAACUGGAAGGAACCCAGGAUGCUGUGGGAACAGAAUCCAUUUUAAAGAUGAAGAUUGAACUGGUGCCUUUUUGCAUCGGAUUUAAGUAUGUGUAACCUCUUUAAAAAUAUAUGUGAUAUUUCAGUACUCUUUUGCUCAACCCAUAGACCUGUGCACACAAAUUUCUUGGGGUCCAAUCCAGUGGGGAACUCGCUUGAACCAGCCUGAUAUAAAAUAAUGAUAACUCCCAUUUGUUUAGUGGAGUUUGUGCCAGGGUUUGUCCCACUAGAUUGUUCCAUUAGUUUACAGGUGGGCAAGAAACCAGAAAUGUUAACUUGCAUGUUAAUAUUGAACAUGCAUAUUGAGUCCAAUGAUUCUGUUAGAGGCUCUUACUGAAUGGCCAAGAGCUUCAGUAAUGUGUUUGCCCUUAUCUUUGAGAAGUAGUGUCUUAAACUUCAGAGAGUCUGUUCGCUGCAAGUAUUUGGACUACAUGGGGCAGUGAGGGCAAACAGCCCACUUUCUAGGAAGCAGAUAACCCGAUUGCGUUCCCACACGCUUGACACAAUUUGUAUAUCCAGACUGUUAAUAUUACAGGUAUAUUGUGUUUUGCACUUGUCUGUUUCCUAAAGUGCAGCUGUGUAUGUGUGACAGUUCCCCAGUUACUGGGUAGACUAACAAACCAUUUAGCAAUUCAUUGAGAUGCAAUUUGGUUUUGCAUAUCUUUUACAUAGCUACAUUUUGCUUUUUGACAUUUCAAAUGAGUGGUCCUAAUACACAUUUUAAAUGUUUGCAAAAGCUGCUCAAAAGAUUGAGGGGUGCUUGAGGGGUGGGUACACAGGGAAAGAGAGGUCAGCUAAUACUGAAGGGUAAUAAGAUUUGCUGAAAACUUUAGAUUCUGCAGUGUAUAAUAAACUCUCAUUUCUAGGCAUUUCAGGAAAUCUUGCCUGCAACCUUAGAGAAGCCACUGCCAGUCUGUGUAGACAAUACUGAGCUAGAUGGACCAAUGGUCUGACUUGGUAGAAGGCAGCUUCCUAUGUAACCUCUACCAAAGCCAGCAAAAGUUCAUUGAGAAAGGUAGGCUAGGAUUCCACAUGAAGAAUGCGGUUCAGACUCAUAUGACAAGCUGCUUCUGGAAUUGGAGAGUUUCACAUGCAGUUUCUGGUGUGGUGUAAACAGCCACUGGUUUAAAAGUCAGAAAAGAGGUCAGGGGUAGCAUCAUAAAUCCAAGGCACAAGAUGUUCCAGUAGAUGCAGGAAACUGUUUUAUUCAACAUAAUACAGGCCCCAGUGCUUUCUGAAUUCCUGUUGAUCCAAAAAGAGAGCCCAUAAUAACACUACCCCAGUUAGUGGCAUAGCCCAAUAACGCUAUUCUAUUGUCCAAUCUUGCCCUGCCACAUGUGGAGAGAUGUCUGACAGAGAAUACCAUGUCAUGGGCAUGCAGGUACAACUUAGAUUAGGUAUGGUAAGCCCACAGAGUGAGUAAUUGCAUGAACUACAGUAGGGACACUUUUCCUCUGGUCUUCACAACAAGCAUAAGAGGAAUUCAAAAAUAUACCCUUUAGGAAAGCUUGUGUCUUCUGUGCAUAUGUUAAAUUUUGCACCUUUGGGGAACAUCUUUGUGCUCUUUUAAAACAGCAUGAUCCCUGCUGGAUGCACCUUAGCCUAAUGUAGGUCUGUAAUUGUGGCAAGAAAUGAGCACUCAGCUACUACCCCCUCUCCCCACAACAUGUGGAUCUAACCAUCAGGGCUGUCCUUAGAGGUGCGGGGCCUGGGGCAAAUCAGCCAGUGGGGCCGCUUUCCAGUUAAUUCUAAUGGGUGGUAAAAGAGCGGGGCCUGGAGCGGUUGCCCUGCUUGCCAUGCCCUAAGGACAGCCCUGCUAACAAGAUAGUAGAAUUUGAAAGCUAAUAUUGUCAGUGCUGAAUACAAUAACUAAUUCUCUUUCACCAGUCAUUUAAGCAUUUCCUGAAGUUAAUACAGGCAUCUCAAUUUGAAUUGCUAAGUGGAUCAGAAUUAUUACUUUCUAAGAAGGCCUUGUACAUAAACUUCACUUUGGGCUUGGUUGCACAUCAUGUUGACUUGCUCCUAAUAAGCACAUCAUGUUGUCUUGCUCCUUACUGAAAGAUGAGAUUUAAUUUUUCUAGUGACUCUGCAGGAUCUCAGUAUUGGAGUUCAAAUGAGUAUAAAACUGGAUGACAUUUUUCUUUGCACAAAAACUAGCUUUAAAAUUUUACAUUUAAAAAUAUUAAUUGAAACGAGUUUACCAUUUGGUUUGAUUCUAGUAGCAUAUGCUGCAUAACGAAAGGACAUUGUCUUAAUUUGCAAUAUGAUCACUUGUCUCAUUCUUAGUGUUUGCAGUCUAACUUUUUAACCUUGGGAUUAUGUACCUACUGUUCUUCUGUUGCCUGUUUGCAUAGGUUUCUGGCUGAACUUACAGAAUCACUUCUUGCAUUGUGAUGGAAGUAGAUGAAUUUCUUUUUAGACACUCUACUGAUUUACUAGAUAAUGCUGUUUUGCGCACAUUCUGUCUUAGUUCAGAUGUUGCUCUAGUACCAUGGCUUAAUCAUGGAUUAACAUGAUCAUGAGCCAUGGGCUUGCACAUUCACCCAGGCUUAAUAUCCUGGCUUGUUUACAAACUGGUUGGAACAAGCUGGGAUUUGCCAGAUUUGAAUGUAAUGGCAAAUCCUGGCUUGAUUUUAACCAGGACCAUAUUUCUUCCCCUUCUGUGCAAACCCGUGCUUGUGAUCAUAAUUCUAAUCAUAGGUGAGAAUGAUAUCCUGAAUGCCGUGACUUUCUUUCAAAACAACAUGAUUAGGACCUAAUUCUCAUGAAUAAUUUGUGCUGGGUUUUACCACAUUAGAUUGCAGGCAGAGGAUUACAUAACUGAAUGCUCCUCUGUACAAAAUUGGCACAUUGCAGAAUGGCUCUAAGCCUCUCUCUUCUCCUUGACAUCUAUUUUUGAGUGGGAAAGGAAUUAUUUUGUAGGGACAAUUUCUGUUGUUGAACUUCUACCUACAAUGGUACAGCCCAGGCACAGAUUUGUUACUGUAGUGCGAACUAGGCAAACUAGAACAUAGGGAGAUGCUUGUUUGGGGUAAUACCACUUUUCAAAUCUCCAGAUGUUCCAAAUUCUGUAUAGCUUUUUUAUGGAGCAAGAAAAUUAGUGAGCAGGGGUACAAGUCACUACUUGUGCUCCAUUCUUGAUCUGCAGCAAAAUGUAAACUGAAAAUACAUAGUUGUAUAUAAAGAGCACUUAAUAUUCUUGCUCUAACACCAUUUGCAAUGUCAUGUGACCUUAAAAAUUAUCUGAAGACUGUUCUGUUCUAAUGCCUUAAGUUAUCUUUUAGCAGAAGUUGCUAAAUCAUAUACCUUAAAUGUAACAUUUUAAUGUUUCAUGGAAAUAAUGUAUAAAGACUUUAUGAACAGUUUGAACAAUCCAUAUGAACUUUUUCCACUCACUAGGAAAAAUCAGCUUUGCUCUCUUCCAUCCAUGCCCUACGCCACUGGAAUUUUCUUAAAAGCUAAAUCAUUUGAGAAUUGGACAGGCAUUGUAAUAUUUUUCACAUCAAGUUUGCUAGCUGUAGUGCUUUCUGAGGAAAUGUACAAAAAUCCAUGGAAAUGUGAAUAAAGAAAUGGGAGAUGUUA